AUGAAGUACACUGGUUUUGCUGCUUCUGCCACCGCCUUGAUGGCUGGUGUGGCCUCUGCCGCUGUCACUGGUGUCACCGGUAAGCCUGAAGGUUUCGCCAGCGGAACCACUGGAGGUGGUGAUACUGCUGCUGUCUACCCCUCGACAACCGAUGAGCUUGUCAGCUACCUUGGUGACUCUUCGCCUCGCGUCAUCGUCCUCACAAAGACUUUUGACUUUACCGGUACCGAGGGAACCACUACCUCUUCUGGAUGCUCUCCUUGGGGCACAGGCGCUGCCUGCCAGCAGGCUAUCAACAAGGAUGACUGGUGUACCAACUACCAGCCCGAUGCUCCUACCGUUUCCAGCAUCACUUACGACGCUGCCGGUACUCUUGGCAUCACUGUCGCCUCUGACAAGUCAAUCGUCGGUGAUGGCUCCAAGGGAGUCAUCAAGGGCAAAGGUCUCCGUGUUGUUAACGGCGCAUCUAACAUCAUCCUCCAGAACAUCCAGAUCUCCGACAUCAACCCUCACUACGUCUGGGGUGGUGAUGCUAUUACUUUGGAUGGUACCGACAACGUCUGGAUUGACCACGUCACCACCUCCAACAUCGCCAGACAACACAUCGUCCUCGGCACCGAUGCGUGCGGAAAUGUCACAAUCUCGAACUCUUAUAUCGAUGGCUCGGGCGACUACUCCGCCACCUGCGAUGGACACCAAUACUGGGCCCUUUAUUUCGAUGGUGCCGGAGAUAAAAUUUCCUUCAAGAACAACUACAUCUACCAAACCUCUGGUCGUGCUCCCAAGGUCCAGACCGACACUCUUCUCCACGCUGUCAACAACUACUGGAACGACAACUCCGGUCACGCCUUCGAGAUCGGCGAGGGUGGCUACGUCCUCGCUGAGGGUAAUGUGUUCGAGAACGUCGAGGCUCCUCUCGAGGCUUCAUCCUUCAAGGGCGAGCUUUUCACCGCUGACUCUGGCUCUGCUUGCUCUUCUGCUCUUGGACGCUCUUGCGAGGCCAACUCUCUCAGCGGUUCUGGCACUUUCAGCGAGAGCAACACUGACUUCUUGAGCAAGUUCUCCGGUGCUUCCAUUGCUACUGCUGGUCCUGCUUCUGAGAUCAAGUCCUAUGUCACUUCCAACGCUGGUAUCGGCAAGCUUGCUCAGUAAAUGCUGUAUGACGACUACAUGUCGAGGGAAUGAUGGAUUGGUGAUCUUUUAGGUGGAUGCAGCGCUGGCUUGCUGGUUACUUUCUAUUG